GGGCUCCGCUCGUCUUCUUCUUCCCUAAAGCUAAAACUAAUUUCUCCAUAACCAUCGGCUUCCAAAAGAAGGCAAUUUGACUUUCCUUAGUUCCAUUCCUCGCUUUAAAGCUUCACUUUCCUGCUUCCUCCUUUCUUCCGUUCUUUCUUCUGGUAAGAAUCCAUCUUUCAUUGUUAAUAGUCUCCGUACGCUCAAUCCCUAAACCCUAAUAUUAAGAUCAAGAUGAAUUGAGCUGUGUUUUCCUUAAAAUUUCCGUUUCUGGUACCUGGGGGUUUCGUUUUCUAGGGCUUGGGGUCUUUUCCUUGGGCCUGAACUGUGCUUUUUUUUUUCUUUUCCCGUUUGUAUAGAGUUGCUAGAUUGGGUGAUGGGGCAACUAUUGUGAAUUUGUACAGACUUAGUUUAAAUAUUUCUAGUCUUAUCUUUCUAGAGCGUUGAGAGGAAUUUGUUGUUCAACGGUUCGCUGUAAAAAAAUGUCCUCGGCUGGUCUUGAUGUUGUUACGAUUCGAAAUGAACCUUUGACUCCUUCCAGUCAUUUGAAUCUCAAAUUGGAUCAUUGCGACAACGAAUCUAUUCGGGUGUAUUUGGCAUUUUCUGGAUCGAUGAUUCCGAUGCGGAUUAUGGAAUCGGAUUCAAUUGAAUCCUUGAAGCUACGCAUUCAAACCUGUAAAGGUUUUGUUGUGAAGAAUCAGAAGUUGGUUUGUGGAGGCCGCGAGCUGGCACGGAGCAAUUCCCUUGUUCGUGACUAUGGAGUCAAUGAUGGGAAUGUUUUACACUUGGUUCUUAGGCUUUCUGAUCUUCAGGUCAUUAAUGUUAAGACUUGUUCUGGCAAAGAAUUUACAUUUCGAGUUCGACGGGGACGUGGAUAUGAUGUUAAUUAUGUGAAACGGCAGGUUGCUAAGAGAGAGAAAGGGUUUACUAAUCUUGACGACCAAGAAGUUGUUUUUGAUGGGGAGCAAUUAGAGGAUCAGAGGCUUAUUGAUGAUAUAUGUAAGCAUAAUGAUGCUGUGUUGAAUUUAUUGGUCCAGAAAUCUGCCAAAGUUAGGGUUAAGCCUUUUGCUAAGAAUUUUGAGUUGUCUAUUGUGGCACCAGAAUUGAAAGAUAAGCGAGUUAAUGACGUUGGUGUGACAGAUGAUAGAGUAAAAUAUGAUUUUUGUGGUGGAGAGAAUUAUAGCAGAGGAUAUGAAGUUGAGAGACAUGUUGUACCAAGGAAAACUCCUGACAGGGAUUUUAUACUGGAACCUGUUAUUGUUAAUCCUAAAGUUGAAUUGCCAUCAGUGAUUGUGGAAAUGAUUAACUCCACAUUUGACGGAUUAGAUAGCGGGAGAAGUCCAAUCAGGUCUACGGAGGGUACUGGAGGAGCCUAUUUCAUGCAGGAUUUGUCAGGCCAAAAGUUUGUUGCUGUUUUUAAGCCAAUUGAUGAGGAGCCUUUGGCGGUUAACAAUCCUCGAGAACUACCAAUGUCAUCAGACGGUGAAGGGUUGAAAAAGGGUACAAGAGUUGGAGAAGGAGCGUUCAGGGAAGUUGCAGCUUAUAUUUUGGAUCAUCCUAAGAAUAAGCGGCGCACUAUAUACGGUGAUGAGAAAGGUUUUGCUGGAGUACCUCCUACUGCUAUGGUCAAGUGUUUGCAUAAUGGGUUUAACAAUCCUAAUGGUUCACCAAAAGUCAAGAUCGGGUCAUUGCAGAUGUUUGUGGAGAACAGCGGAAGUUGUGAGGAUAUGGGUCCUAGGUCUUUCUCAGUCGACCAAGUACAUAAAAUCUCUGUUUUGGAUAUAAGGUUGGCUAAUGCAGAUAGGCAUGCUGGGAAUAUCUUAUUGGGAAAAGAUGAAGAUGGGCAGACCUUGCUGAUUCCUAUUGAUCAUGGCUAUUGCUUGCCUGAGAGUUUUGAAGAUUGCACAUUUGACUGGUUGUAUUGGCCUCAAGCUCGCCAAGCUUACUCACCUGAGAUAGUUGACUAUAUAAAAUCCCUGGAUGCUGAAAAAGAUAUUGCCCUUUUGAAAUACCUCGGAUGGGAUAUGCCACCUAAAUGCGCGCGUACCCUCCACAUCUCCACCAUGAUUCUCAAAAAGGGUGCAGCGAAAGCGCUCACUCCCUUUGUCAUUGGGAGCAUAAUGUGCAGAGAGAACUUGAACGGGGAGUCGAUGAUUGAGCAAAUUGUACAAGAGGCAGAGGAUCAUGUGGGUCCUAAUGCAAGUGAAGCUGCAUUUCUCAAAAAACUAUCCCAGAUCAUGGAUCACCGUCUUGAUGAGAUCGCUGGAUCGUCGUAAUUGUUUUUGGUCAUGCCAACCUCAAAUCGCCUGGCAUACUGGAUAUGGAAGCGCGAUGAUUUUAACUUAAGAAAAGGCUUC